UUCCAUUCAGUUGUAAAACUGCCCAUGCCCCCUUGAUAUACCAACCCAAAGAGAAAAGUUGGCAGGUAGUUUAAACUUUAAAGCCAACAAGGAAUUGUGCAGAACAAAUUCAGCACUGGUAGUGUAUUUUGUACCAGAAACACUAGGCGCCGAAGUUCGAACCUCCUUGGCUUUGCCCAAUGUACACUUGUGGGGGCAUUGGCGUACAUCCCACAUUUUACCCUGUAGGGGUGGGUCCAAAGGGCCCUGCCUUGGAGGGAUUCCUAGUCAUUAAACAAAAAUAAUAAUAAUUUGUAUUAGUAAAAAUAUAAUAGUAUAUAGAUGAUACCUUCUGGAAAAAGAAAUGAAUAAGGGAUUAAACUAAUGAACUAGCUUGGUUAGACUUGAUAUCUAGCUUGGUUAAAGUUAAGUUCAACUGCUGGAAAUAGGUUAUCACUAUUCCCAUGUCUAUAUGAUCAGGAGCCUCUAGAUGGUUUGAUACCAUACAACCACUAGAGAGCCCAGAAUUUUUUUCUUUUCAACAUUCCACUUUAUCCAUCUCAUCUUUGGCACGUGCUUUGUACAUCUCGUAGUUUCAAACAUACAGUGCAGGUACAUCAGGAUGUUUAAGUGACUAGUUUCUGUGUCUCUUCAGCAUAGGAGUUUUGUUGCACUGCUUUAUUCUUUGGUUUUCAGGAAAUGAUCAGACAUAUACAGAGUGGUAUGCUGUAAGCAAUGGUUAAAUUGCUUGAUCUGUUCCACAAUAAUGCCAAUGAUUGUUAUUAGGUUUCCCUUGAGUGUGCAAAAAUUUUGUCACGCUGCUAUCACACAUUUGUAUAAUAUAUACUAAUAUUAUGUUUAUUUUUAUGUGGCUCCUUUUUUUUUUUUCCAUAUAACUUUCAGGAUUUAAUUAAUGAUGGAAGCAUCUUAGUAAGUGAAGUAAAUUUCACAUUAUUGUCAUACUGUGGUCUAUUAAUGCAUGCUUUCUCACACUCCUACUUAUCCUUUGGAUUCAUCUUCUCAUUUCAAGUUUAGGAUUUCUUUUUCUUCUCUACAUUGUCCUUUCUUUCAGAAUGUGCCCCCUGCAAUACUUCUUAGGUUCUUGCGGGAGCAUAGGUCAGAAUGGGCAGACAGCAGUAUUGAUGCUUAUUCAGCUGCAGCUGUCAAAGUUGGUCCCUGUAUCUUACCAAGGGCUCGAGCUAGAAGUUUUGGGGGCCAAGUAAUUCUUCCACUAGCUCAUACUAUUGAGCACGAAGAGUUAUUGGAGGUCAUUAAGUUGGAAGGUGUUGGCCAUUAUCCUAAAGAUGCAAUAAUGCCUAGAGACAUGUUUCUCUUGCAAUUGUUUACAAAUUGAUAGGAAGCUUUGAAAAAGCGACAUGAAGAGUCUUUAGAGCCUGGGGCAAUACCUUUAACUCAGGAGCAGCUGUCAAUCGAGAUUCUUGGAAAGAAAUCGGGAUACUUAAAAGGCUUUGGAGUUGGUCCAAAACCAUCAUCAUCCAGAUCUUCUGUUACUGCACAAGCACAUACUGAGGUGGUU